GCCGUUUCCACAAGUCGAGCUGCGUUCCCGGCGAUCAAGAUAGCAAGAUGGUUUCCACCGAAGCCGCCCGCAACAUCGUCGGCAUCAUCGGCAAUGUCAUCUCCUUUGGCCUCUUCCUCUCCCCUGCGCCGACGUUCUGGCGGAUCAUCAAGGCCAAGGACGUGGAGGAGUUCAAGCCGGACCCCUACCUGGCGACGCUGCUCAACUGCAUGCUCUGGGUCUUCUACGGCCUGCCCAUCGUCCACCCCAACAGCAUCCUCGUCGUCACCAUCAACGGGAUCGGGCUUCUCAUCGAGGGCGCCUACCUCAUCGUCUUCUUCAUCUACGCCACCAGAAACACACGAUUGAAGAUGCUCGGCGUGCUCGCCAUCGAGGCGCUGUUCAUGGUGGCCGUGGUGGCCGGCGUGCUCCUCGGCGCCCACACCCACGAGAAGCGGUCCAUGAUCGUCGGCAUCCUCUGCGUCAUCUUCGGCUCGAUCAUGUACGCCUCCCCGCUCACCAUCAUGGGUAAAGUGAUCAGGACCAAGAGCGUGGAGUACAUGCCAUUCUUCCUGUCGCUGGUGAACUUCCUCAACGGCGGCUGCUGGACGGCCUAUGCGCUCAUCAAGUUCGACCUCUACAUCACGAUCCCCAAUGGCCUCGGUACCCUCUUUGGCCUCGCCCAGCUGAUCCUCUACCUCUGCUACUACUGGUCGACCCCCAAGAAGGGAAAGAGUGUCGAACUGCCCACCAUUGCCGCAAAGAACACCGUUGACAGCAGCAAGGUCUCCGUCACCGUUGAGAAAUAAGCUUGGCUUGCAGCAGCAGGCCCGCCGUCGCCGAGUGAUCUAAUCAAGACGGCGACCGAGAUUUUUAGCCCGCGACGUUUUAAGUAUACUAGUUAAUUUAGGGCAACAAUUUUAGGAUGAUGCUUCAACCAGUGUGGUGCUAGUAGUAUUUGUUAGCUAUAGUCUGAGUGUUCCUUUUAGUUUCGUGAAAGAUUCUUGUCUGUCCUAGUGCAAAUUCGAAGUAACUAUAUA